CAUCCACCUCCGACACAGCAAUAAAGUGUGUCCUUAAGAAAACCUUCUGUAUUGGUAGAAUGGAGAGACUUUUUGUGUACGUGCUCGUUCUGUGUUGGAAGAUGAUUCCAUGCAGCUCGUGUGAGUUGUCCAACAUAACAAUCGUGUUGGAGAAGGAAGGAUGUGACACCUGCAUCACUGUGAAUGCCACUUGGUGCUCAGGAUACUGCUUAACCAGGGACUCUUCUUCAAAGCAUCCGCUCAUCAAACAGGUUCAGCAUGUGUGCACCUACACGGAUAUCACUUAUGAAACAGUGAAAUUGCCGGGCUGUGCCGAGGAUGUCGAUCCCUUUUACUCCUAUCCUGUGGCCGUAGACUGUCACUGUGAUCUUUGUAACAUUCACACAACAGACUGCACAGUGAGAAGUUUGGGGCCCUCCUACUGUUCUCUCGACCAAGAAAAGGAAGACAUAGAAAACAAUUAAGCCUCUUUGUUAGUGAUGGGCGAAUCUGUGCCGUUUCACCAAAUAAUUUGUGAAUUAACAGCAAAACUCUAGAAGCGGCAAAAAAUUUGCAAAACCCAUUGGGCGUCAAAAUAAUUUUGACACAUGCGACAAUUUUUAUAUGGACAACUAUUUUGUCUAAAGUCAAUUGGUGUCCGAAUAAUUUUGAUGCGCGGAAUUUUUAUUUUGACGCCUGCAGUUAAAAACGUGGCUUAACGUGAAAAAAUUGCCAUGAAUUUGUGCCUGGCGAAUUUAUUCGCCCAUCACUACUCUUUGUAUAUUGUUGUUUUGGUUUAUCCUAAAAGUAGUUGCCCUUUGCAUCAAACCAGACGAUAUAAGCCAUACCAUAUACCAUAUCCGGAAACCAUUUAUCCAGAAAGCUCUGACUUAUGGAAAGGCCAUCUCCCAUAGACUCCAUUUUAUCCAAAUAAUCCAAAUUUUUAAAAAAGAUUUCCUUCUUCUCAAUAACAAUAAAACAGUAGCUUGUACUUGAUCCCAACUAAGAUAUAAUUAAUCCUCAUUGGAAGCAAAACCAGCCUAUUGGGUUUAUUUAAUGUUUACAAGAUUUUCUAGUAGACUUAAGGUAUGAAGAUCCAAAUUACGGAAAGAUCUGUUAUCUGGAAAACCCUAGGUGCCAAGCAUUCUGGAUAACAGGUUACAUACCAUAUACUAGUUUGUCACUGCUUCAAUAACAUAUCUACGUGAUAUUUAUAUGGGAUAGACCACUAUGGUAGUUUCCUCUGUUUUUAAAGACAAACUCACCCAUAAUGUCCAACUAGUCACCUCUGUGCAGUUGUUGUAGUGUGAUAUAAGCCAUUUUGUGGACACUGUUAUUAAGACAAGACUUGCAUCAUCUCAGAAUCUUGUUUAUGCACCAGAAUGGGGGACCUGAUGUCCAUCCCCAUGCCCUGGCUACACAAUUAAAUGGUGAAGGGAACGGGGAAUGUGUGAAGAGCAAUGACAUCUAGGAAGUGCUGAAUGGAAAGUGAAAGUAAUUGUCUGCCCUGCCUCUAUGCCUAAGGCAUAGAGGAGGGGCAGACAAUAUUUGAUUGACAGCUGACAUUUUUAAAUGAGCUAUGCAUGCUUUAAUAAAAACUAGAAAUUGGAUUUCAUGCUUAAUUUGAAAACUGACUUUUAUUAUAUAGCUUUUUGUGUCUGGGUGACAGGUCAACUUUAAAUACCCUCCCUCCUGCUGGGGCCAGGAACUGUGAAAUAGUGACGUCACAAUAGUAACUCUGGUGCUGGAUCAACCAGGUCAGGGGAAAAAAAUGAGCUCUUUCCUUAUGGAGCUUGGGGGGAUUAGAGGUCACACUUUACUCAUGUACUCCAGCAGACCACCCACACAGUCAUGGAAUCAUUGACUUUCUGCUGAAACCCGACUACUUUGUUCUCAAUAUUUUCUGAAAAAAAACCACACUGUUUUUUUUGUCUUAUUUAUUAAUAUAUUUUCCCGAAAAUUUUGUUCGCAGGAAAAAAUUAGAAUUUCACAAAUUUUUUCGAUCUUCCACAUGAAAACUCCCAGAUUAUUGCCUGAAAACCCUGAAUUCUUCGGGUUAUUGCACGAAACCUCGGCAGUUCUGAGAUGCCAGAUUUUCGGAUUCUGACUUUUUCCAUCCUCGGGGUAUAAUAAAUUCCGAAGAAUUCGUCUUUUUUUAAAAUUCCGAUUUUAUACAAAAAACUUUUUUUCAGAUUUUCUGCAUUCGGAGUUUAGUAAAUAAACCGCUUAGUCAGUUUGAUUUCAAUGCAAGUACUUGCCUCUGGUUUUAAAAGGAAACAGUUGGAACAACAGGUAUGGAUAUAAAACUCAAGUGUGGACAAGGCCUGAAUAUAUUACUAGAAAUGUGAAUGCUUUAUUUCUACAUGAGCCCCCUUGGAGUUAAAACCUUGUAUUAUCCAAAUAUAUUAAUAUGUCACGACUCUUUUUUUUUGGGGUGGAUUUAAAUUGGCAAUGAAUAAAUAAAACUUUAAUUAGUUCCAUUUUCCAGUUGGUCUAUUAAAAAUGCAAGACCUUUCAUAAAUGUUGCCCGUUCCAAUGUGGAUCAUAAUGUGAGUGACAAAAUGACUGAAGCAAGUGGGAUGCAGAAAUACAGUAUAUUCCUGGGUCUCAAAACCCGGCAACUAAAUUCUGCAUAGAAAAGAUUCGGCGCAUCUGUAUUAUUAUAAUGUGUUUGUUCCGACCUGUUGCUGUCAGAUACAAUGCCUUAUCUAUCUUAUUUUCCUUUCACUGCAAUCUAUUGUUAUAUUUGUAUUGUUUCUUAACUAUGUCUGUUUAAAUAAAAGCCUGUGCUUCUG